CAGUAAGUGGCUAUUAACAUGAGUGAGCUCUAAGUUAGUAAUUAAUUAAAGAGGAAGGAGUAAUUAAUUGUUCCCAAAGGUAUUGGGUUUACUAUUCGGAUUGGUAUUAGGAUUGUUUCAGAAUCAGGACUCCUAUCUCCUAAUGAAGUCAUAUAUAUCUGGAGAUUUCCUGUUUAAUGUCAUCCUCCUAGCUAGUCCUAUAUAUACACUUCACUUGUAAACCUAGAAAGAAACCUCAGUUCUUGCACUCUUACACUUCAAAACUACCCACUAUGGAGCUUGUAGAAUUGUUCAACGUCGCAUGGAAAUCAGCACAACGCAGCUCCCAGGAAUCUGAAUGUCUGCAGGCGUUGAAUGAUCUUCUGCAUUUUCCAGUCAGUUCCCAUCUUCUUGCACUCGCUUCCGCCCAAACCGACACCGAUGUGCUUAGACGUCUUCAGAGUCUCACCGGACACCCCAGGCUCCAAAUCAAGAAUCUUUCUUCUUCUGUUGCUGCCGCUUGGAAUGACAGGAUUCUCAAAGAAUUUGUCACAGAACAACCCAUGCCUGACGAUCCACCUCCAAUUAUAAACCCAUACAGAUAUAUCGAUGUUAACGGCAAGCGCGUUAAGUUGAUCGUCAAGAAACGUCACUGUUCUGAAAUUGCUAUGCCCAACAUUCUUGACGAUGAAGCCUCCAACAAACCAGAGAUUCCGACACCACCGCCAAAACUCAGGAGACAAGAGAAUCUUGCCAUGCCUCAUCAGAAACCUGACACGGUUGAAACCUCCAAGCAAUUGAUACCCAAACCAGAGAUUCAGAAACCACCCAUGAAGAGACAACAGAAUCUUGAAACCUCCAAGCAAUUGAUAUCCAAACCAGAGAUUCAGAAACCACCCAUGAAGAGACAAGAUAAUCUUGGCAUAGCUCACCAGAAACCAGACAAGAUUGAAACCUCCAACAAACCACAGAUUGAGACACCACCCAAGAAGAAACAAGAGAAUCUUGGCGUUCAAAAAUUGAUGCCCAAACGACAGAUUCAGAAGCCCAAGAGACCAGGGAUUGCCAUGCCUAAUCACCUACAAGAAAAUCAGCCGCACUUGAGGGACAACGUAAAGGAACAGAUUCUUCAAGGUUUAUCGAUGGUGUUUCAGGAAGUUCAGGAUGACAGUGAACUAAACAGGUGCAAUCCAGCCCAGAUUGCCUCUUCUAUAGAAUCCCUACUGUUUGCUAAGUGGGGAUUCUCCAACACAGGCUGCCGCCCCAAGUACCGAUCGCUUCUGUUCAACAUUAAGGAUCCUAAAAACCCUGACUUUAGAAGAAAGCUUCUUCUCGGAACAAUCAAACCAGAGGAAGUGGCAGAUAUGAGCGCACAAGAGAUGGCCAGUGAUGACAGGAAACGUGAGAACCAAGUCAUCCUUGCCAGGAAAUCCACCAAAAAUGCAGUAAAUUAGAAGUAGAUUAGUUUCUGAUGUCCAAUGCAAUGCUUGGAUUACUAUUAUUACUUGUAAUUUUUUCUUCCCAGCUCUGAUGUAGAAACAGUGCAUAAAUAUAUUUAGAUCUGAUUAUUUAGAUGGUUUUGUUGUUAAGUAUCUAAAUGAAUGAAA